AGGUCAAGGAUAUUCAGCUCGCCCCAAGCAAGACAGUCGCGAGAUAACUGUACUGCAGGUCAGGUGCCUUUCAACUGCUGUUACCUGUACUGACACCUCUUGGGCAACACCACUGUUCUGGGUGAUUAAACGAUGCACAGUCAGUGGCGAGAUUGUCAGGAGUGGAAGAGUCUAGGGCUCCCACUCUCCACCACCAACAAUGAAGCCAGCAAGAUGUUUGAUGCUACGCUCACUCAGUAUGUGGGCUGGUAUGACGACGCAGGAACUGGUGGCAUUGAAACCUCGCUACAGAAGAUGAUGGACGCUGACCCUAACUUUGUUAUGGGACGCGUUCUGAAAAACGGCCUUGACCUCUUGGGAACCGGAAGGAAUGUCACGGUUGACAAGACCUUUGCAGGGGAGAUAAGCGAAAUGCUUCGACUAGCUGAGACAUCCAGUAUUGAGCGAGAGAAACAACAUGCACGUGCACUAAAGCUGUGGUCGGACGGGUUGACCCCCGACGCGUGUGACAUAUGGGAGGACAUUUUGCUACAGAAUCCCCUGGACAUCCUGGCACUCAAGUUUGCACACGACUCAUAUUUCUACCUUGGCUUCCCCAAUCAGAAUCGAGAUAGCAUAGCUCGAAUCUUGCCGAAAUGGAACCCAGCAAUGCCUCUAUACGGAUACCUGGUCGGGAUGUACUCUUUUGGCUUGGAGGAGUGCAACUUGUAUGACCAGGCGGAGAGAACGGCCAAGCAGGGGCUGAAUCUGAAUCCCCGGGAUGCCUGGUCCACCCACACACUGUGUCACGUAAUGGAGAUGACAGGGCGCCAGGAUGAGGGCAUCUCCUUCCUCACAGACACGGUCGAAAACUGGGCGAGUUGUGGGAUGCUGGCUUGUCACAACUACUGGCACUGGGCACUGUACUACAUAGAGAAGGGUGAAUAUCAGGGAGCCCUGGAUAUUUUCGACACCCAGGUCACUGUGAGAAGCUGUAAGUCUGGGGCACUUCUGGACAUGGUGGACGCUUGCUCUCUGCUCUUCAGACUCGAGAUGGAAGGCGUGGACGUUGGCGAGAGAUGGAACGACAUAUACGACGUUUGCCGACCUCACGUCGACGAUCACAUUUUAGCAUUCAAUGACGUUCACAUCCUGAUGGCGUGUCUAGCCUCCAAAAAGCCGGAUGCCGCCAAACAGAUGAUGGAAUCUAUCAAGCAAUUCGUACAGAACGGGCGCGGCACCAACCAGGCUGUGACGGAGGAGGUCGGUGUGUCGUUGUGUGAGGCAUUCGUAGCCUACAAGGACGGUGACUACGCCAAAGCUGUCGACCUACUGAAACCCAUCAGAUAUAACAUAAUAAAGAUUGGCGGCAGUCACGCUCAGCGGGACAUCUUUAACCUGUUCUUGAUUCAGGCUGCCAUCAAGUCCCCGUCUACGGAGCACCACAAGCUCGCCAGGUCGCUGUUGAUGGAGAGAAAAGCCCUGAAGGAAAACGCCCCAAUGACCGACAGGCUCAUUGCCAAGGCCAUGGCUGUCCACGCUGAUUGAAGGUCAAGGAUCAUCGCUGUUUAGGGAGAUCCUAUGUCGAGCUGACACAGGUCAUGCUGACGGAACGUCCAGUUUCGCGACGCACCACGCUGAAUGAGCCAUAUAAUCUGUUCUUUAUCUCAGCACCGCUUUACGCUGAGGCCACUCAAUAUCUGAAAGUUGAAAGGAAAUCACAAUUAUUUUGUAUAUGUAUGUAAGUAAAAUGCUACACGAUAUGGAGGUAGGCAAAGUUACAUGUAUAACAUGGACGGCAAAUGACGAGAAUUAUACCUCAUUCACUGCAAUAGACGAUAAAUAUACGUCAUUCAAAAAGACGACAAAUAUACAUCAUUCACUGCAAUAGACGUUAAAUAUACGCCAUUCAAAAAGACGACAAAUAUACGUCAUUCACUGCAAUAAUUCGUUGUCCAGAAACCAUAGAAUAUUUACAAUGGCUGCUUACUUCAAACAGCAUCUUUAAAUCAUCUGAUUAAACAGGUAUAACCCGACGAAUGGGGAGACGAUUUUUAAAUCGUACACGGUGAUCGAUGAGAGAAACUGGAACCUCGACCCAAGGUCAAAUGUCACGUCGAUGUAAUUCGAUAGGACCAUCAAAAAUAAUCCCAAAUCAUUGCCCAUAUAUUGUGCCACAUGAUAUAUAUAUACAACGUGUCCCGACUGAAUGAAUACGUUAUUUGUUUAAACAGUUGUUCAAACAAUAUCCAAGAAUACUGACAUAAUGUGACACGUUUGAAAUAUUGUAUAAGCACAGUUAAUCACUCACUCGCUGUGCUUGUUUUUGAUGGAUGUUUUAAUUUAUUCCUGCACGAGUGGCAACUUGCUAUUGGAUUUCAGCAACAUUUUUACCACACGCAAUAAUAUUUUACUGGCGUUUUUCUUUCAACACGUGUUUGCUGACACUAAAGGCCACACACAGUUUACAGGAUUAAAGGGCAGAUACUUGAUGUGUCACUGUCCAUCGUAUAACACUUUCAAUAAUCAAAGGGAAUCUCUCAAAGCAGAGAUCUUUGUACGAUUCCAACUAUGUCAAGCAUGUGUUGAAUUACUUCCAAAUAAUGAUGAUACCAUCAAAACACAGGCAGUGGCAGGUCAAUUGUUCUUAACAGGAACAUGUGAUUAGUCAAAGUAGGGAGUUGCUUUACAAAUCAUUUAUGUCGCUGAUGCAUCAGAUUUAACAAUGUGCUCUUGCAUACGAUAGAAAUCUUUCAAAGCUGUACUUAUGGCUUGAUCUCUUGGUACCCUGCUAUUACACUAUUUGAUGCAGUUUACUGCUCUCUGCUCAUGUAGUUUAGAUGGGCAUUGGCUACUUGACCAUCAUUCAACAAUAUGAUCAGAUUAUCGAUCUUAAGUUUGAGUUGAACAUAUUUUCAGUUUCAACUGAUUUUACCAAUCCGAGCAUGAAUUUCAACUGAUAUGCAUGAAGAAGUAGUUCAACAAGGAAGGGAGCACAGUUGAUGCCUAGAGGAUGCCUAUUUCUUGCCAAAACAUCCUAUUCCUGAAUUUCAUGAGGAAAUUAAGAAUUUCACAUAUUAUUUUCGCACUAGUCUUUAAAAGAUUGCUCUGAACCUUUGGACAUAGAGAAGUAAAUAAUCUAUGGCGGUACAGUGGAAAAUGCCCUGUAGAUGGAGAUUUCAUUAAGUAUGUCAUAGAACAGAGAAUCGUAGAAAAGAUUUUGAUGUAACCGUACUGUAUUCUUUUUUAAAAAGGCAAAUAAUCAAGAAAAUCCUUUCUGUGUUCAGAAUGAACAUAAUAUUUUGCCACGAUUAUCAGAUACUGUAUGUAAAUAUAACGACGUCAAAAUCACGUCAAAACGAAUGAGAGACAUUUGUGUAUGUUUACAGCAUAUACUUUUGCCAGAUCAAAAUGUUGUGUUUAACAUGAUGCAGAUGUAACUUAAGAGGAGUUUAAAAUAAAACAUACACCACAUA